CUUUGGACAAACUUCCCUUGAUUGAGUUGUAUCUGGAAAACUAGAAAAGAGACUUUAUUAUAUAUUAUAUACAUAAAAUAUAUAUAAUAUCAGACACACAGCACGAUAUCAUAAUAAGUUCCUCCUUGAUUGAACUCUAGAAGGUCUUAAAGAUCUUUGAUCGAAAACCAAUAAAAAAAACAAAUCUUACGGCUUCAAAGCAGAGACAGAGCAGAGGUUGUCUCUACUUCAAAAUUCCUCGUUUGAAUAUAGCAUUGCUGUAUUUCAGUAAGAGAUUAUGGAUAAAGGUGAAGAAUGUGUGAAGAUAAAAGAAGAAACAAAUCAUUACGGCGAGAAUGUUGAUGAGAAAAACUUAGGAGUAGAUAUUUGGGAAAAUUUCAUAGAUGAAAAGGGAGUUUAUGACAGGACUGAAUAUAUAAUCAAGAAUGAAGCAAAAAACGAAAGUAUAUCAUCUGCAACCAUGGAUGUUGAAAAAUCAAUAUCAAUUGUAACUGAUGAAAUGAAAAAAGAAGUUGAUGUAUGUACAGCUGAUAGUGAAUCGGUCCAAUUUGGGAAAGAAAGUGAUGAGACAAAUCAGAAAGGUUGCCUUGAAGUACAUGUAAAUUCUGCCCAUUCAAAUAUUACUAACAAGUGCCAUAUGUGCGAUUACAUUGCAGAGCCUAAAAGUUGGCAUGUACAAGAUAUUGAAUCUGCUGAAAUCGAUCUUUUAAGACACAUAAAUGAAAUUCAUGGGAAUUUUAAAAAAUAUAGGUGUGAAAUGUGUACUUAUUCCAACGAUAGUCAGUCUAGGCUAAAAACACAUGUGAAAUCUGUCCAUUUGAAAAUUAGGGAGCAUAUAUGUCACUUGUGUGAUUAUGCUUCAAGCUCUAGAAUGACUCUGAGGACACACAUAAAAUCCAUUCAUUUAAAUAUCAGAGAGUACCAGUGUCACUUGUGUGAAUAUGCUUCAGGUUUAAAAAAACGUUUGAUGAGGCACAUAAAACUGGUUCAUGAGAAGUUUAAAGCGUACAAGUGUACCCUCUGCAUUUAUGGAACAAAUAGAAAAAGUAGUCUGCAAAGUCAUAUAAUAUCAGUUCAUUCAAGUGAUAAAGACCCCAAGUGCAACCUGUGCGAACGCAUCCUGAGAUCUAAAUCUGCCCUGCGACUUCAUGUGAAAGCCGUUCAUUUGAAUAUCAAGGAAUACAAAUGCCACUUGUGUGAAUAUGCUGCCGCUCUCAGGGGAACUCUAAAACGACAUAUACAAUCGAUUCAUCAACAUUUAAAACACCAUUGUCACUUGUGUGAUUAUUCGUCUACUCGAAAGAUGAUCUUGAAAGCACACAUAAAGCAUGUUCAUUUCAAUAUCACCGAACACAAGUGUCAAUUCUGCGAUUAUGCUGCUGGUCGUAGGGGUACUCUAAGAAAGCAUUUGAAGGCAAUUCAUCAAAAUUCCUGAACAUUUAUGAGCCAAUUAUACGAUUAUACCACA